AUGCAUGACCUUCUGAAUGACUUGGCCACAUAUGUUGUUGGAGACUUUCUUUCAAGGUUAGACAUUGAGAUAAAACAGGAAUUUGGGAAGGAACCUUUGAAAAAGCAACGACAUAUGUCAUUUGUUUGUGAGGAUUAUGUGGUUUACAAAAGGUUCGAGCUAUUCAGAGGAGCUAAAAAUUUGAGAACAUUUUUAGCAUUGUCUGUUGGGGUGGUAGACAUUUGGACAACAUUUUACUUAUCAAAUAAGGUCCUGAAUGACAUACUUCAGGAGUUACCAUUGUUAAGGGUCUUAAGUUUGAGUAAUCUUAGGAUAAGGGAGACGCUGAUUGUUUCUGGCUGCUAUGAAUUGAUUAAGUUGCCCAAGAGCUUCUCAAAGCUUAAAAAUUUGCAGAAUUUUGACAUGAGGGAUACUCCUGAUUUGAAGAAGAUGCCCUUAGGGAUUGGUAAGUUGAAAAGCCUACAGACUCUCUCCAAGAUCAUUAUUGGAGGUGAUUCCGGCUUUGCAAUAAAAGAGCUUAAGAAAUUGCAAAAUCUCCAUGGAAAAGUUGCUAUUGCAGGGCUGGGCAAUGUGCAGAAUGCAAUGGAUGCACGUGAGGCAAACUUAUCACAAAAAAGGUUUACUGAGUUAGAGUUGAAUUGGGGUUCCGAGUUUAAUGUUCUUGGAACGGAAUUACUUGAAAAAGAGAUCCUUAAUGAGCUGAGGCCUCAUAACGGUACUCUAGAGAAACUCGGAAUUACGUCAUAUAGGGGUACAGAGUUUCCAAAUUGGGUUGGGGGUCCCUCGUUUCUUCGGUUGACUAAAGUGUCGAUAGAUGGCUGUGAAGAAUGUACGUCUCUACCAAGACUUGGGCAACUGCCAUCAUUGAAGGAGCUGUUUAUUGGUAAGAUGAGUAAGGUGAAGGUUGUAGGUUUGGAGUUUCUUGGGACCGACCUUGCAUUUCCUUCACUUGAAAUCCUACGGUUUUCUAGUAUGUCAGGAUGGGAGGAAUGGUCAACAAAUAGUGGGGCGUUUCAUUACCUUCAAGAGCUUCGAAUUUUAGAUUGUCCUAAUCUGGUUCGGCUCUCCCUUGAAGCACUACCUUCACUAAGGAUUUUGAAACUAAGAAAAUGUGAUCAUGGUGUCUUGAAAAACCUUGUUGAUGUAGCUUCAACAAUCACCAAGUUGGAAAUAAUUGCCAUGUCAGGGCUUACUGAUGAACUGUGGAGAGGUGUGAUAGGGUGUCUUGGGGAUGUAGAAGAAAUAAGCAUCCGUUCUUGUAAUGAAAUAAGAUAUUUGUGGGAAUCAGAAGCAGAGGCAAGUAAGGUUCUUAUGAAUUUAAAGAAUUUGGAUUUAUAUGAAUGUGAAAAUUUGAUGAGUUUAGGGGAGAAAGAAGAGGAUAAUAUUAAUAGUGGGAGCAGCCUAACAUCUUUUAGGAGGUUGAAAGUAUGGAAAUGUAACAACUUGGAGCAUUGCAGUUGUCCAGAUAGCAUGGAGGAAUUGACUAUUGGUGAUUGUCAUUCAAUUACAUCGGUCUCCUUCCCAACAGGAGGAGGGCAGAAGCUUAAGGAACUUCUCAUUACUGGUUGCAAGAAACUAUUGGAAAAGGAGUUGGGAGGAAGAGAGAAGACAGGGAUGCUUAUAAACUCAAAAAUGCAGAUGCUUCGAUCAGUACAUAUAUAUAAAUGGCAAAAUCUGAAAUGGAUCAUUGCGCUGGGUUACUUCAUUAACCUCGUCAGGUUGGCAAUAAUAGAGUGUCCAAGUAUGGAGUUAUUUCCUGACCAUGACUUGCCAAAUCUCACCUCGUUAACACAUCUCAGGAUAGAAAAGUGUACAAGUAUGGAUGCAUCCUUUCCUCGUGGGCUUUGGCCUCCCAAAUUGUGUUACCUGAGAAUAGGAGGGUUGAAGAAGCCCAUCUCAGAGUGGGGCCCACAGAAUUUUCCAACAUCACUUGUUAACCUAAGAUUACAAGCCGGACCAUAUGAUGACAUGAAAAAGUUUGAUCAAUUGUCACAUCUUCUUCCUUCAUCUCUUACUAUAUUUGGCAUAGAAGGAUUUGAGAAACUGGAAUCGGUUUCAACGGGACUCCAACACCUCACCUCCCUCCAACGUCUCUUCAUUGAGAACUGCCCGAAGACGAAAGAUCUACCAGAAAACUUGUUGCCUUCACUUCUGCCAUGAAUUUUGAAAUGAAAGCAUCCAGAGGAAGUAAAAGAUCAAACUGAUGAUGGUUUACAAAGGAAGACAUUUAUAUGUUGUUGCUUCUAGUUUACAAGGUGAAUGACUUUACUUUCCAACAAUCAUUCAUGGAAGUUAAGUGCAGAACUCCUGCUGAUGAUCUAAGCUGUAAAGCUUCAAUGAUUUUUAUAUGUAGCAUCUUUUCAAUCAUUCAAACUAGGCCCAUUCUCUUAAUUUCUAAAGGCAAA